UUUGUAAAUACGAAACAAAACUUGUAUAUACCUAUAAUAAGUUGAUUACUCAAUAGAUUUCUUGUCUAUGCAUUUAUCGCUAUAGAAAUUUAUGUAGCAAGUAUUAUUAUUACUAAUGAAUGGAAAUGGACUAGCAACUGGAUUGUAAAUGCUGUAGGUUUAACAUAGAAUCUGUUUGAACCAGCUAUAAGCCGAUUAGUAUUAUUUUGUGUACUCUAGUUUCUAAGGUAACAUCUACAUAAGAAAUGGCAAGCUCAGGCCUUACGCAGGAACAGAUUCAAUUACAAAUACAAUUAAAAGCCAAAGCAGUUUUGGAAGCUUUAACACCGAAAUUUCCUGAUUGGAUGUCCGAAACUCAUACUUGGGCUGUGUUGGUUCCACUAUGCAUUUUCACUGGUCUUGGAAUUUUGGGUAUAUUUCUUGGACUAUUCUCUCUAAUCAGAAUGAAAUUUUGGGAAAAAGAUGGAAUUUAUCCAUACUUUUUCUGCCUUUACGUUAACUGUGUUUAUUUAUUCAUUAUAAUUAUACCUACUUUUCAUAUAAGCAGGCAGGUUUUUGUAACUGAUACGACAAAGAAAGAUCCUGCAUUGGAAGAUCCGGCUCUUGAGAAAUUUUACGAGACAAGAAAUUCAUGCUAUUUAUACCACUCAUUAGUCUUAUUGAGUAGUGGAAUAAUAUUAUGGAAAUUUCCUAAUUUGUCAAAAGUAAAAUCCUUAAUAAUUCUACUAUGUUUACUUGUUUUUAGUUGGCUUUUUUGUUUACCGAGGAUGCUGCGACAUAAAGUAAUUGAAUUAGAUCUAAUAAUUACCAAAGUUUCCUAUAAUGGAAUUGAAGAAUGGGCAGACAAUGACGCUUAUGAUAAAGGAUACGAAACAAUCCUUGCAAUUAUAAUAUUUUUUAUACCAGCAGUCAUUAUGGCAAUUACGAGCUUUGGUAUACAAAAGUCAGAUUCGGAGAAAAUGGAUAAAUCUUGUGGUAAAGCCUUAAUGAUUCUGCAAUUAAUUACAUGCGUCCUAUACUUACCUAUUCUUAUACUUCUCGUGUGUACCGAUUUGGGUGGUUUACUCUUAGAUACAAGCGUCAAGCAUGGAUUAGGCGCAUUUGUUAGCACUCUGAAUAUUCUAGCCAUGGCUCUACCAAGUUUUAUAUUCAUUGCUUUCUGGCCCCAGUUUAGAGCUAUGGCUUUCUGUAAAGCACUCGACCGUAUUACGCCCACCAUUGGGUAAAAUAUACAAUUUUUCUCUCAAAUCGUUUAUCUUCACAUCUCUUUUACUUUUAUGUUAAAUUAAUCUAAAUAAAAGCACUUAAAUACUU